AUGCCGAAACACAAAAGCAAGUCAAAAGUGAAGCAUGGCCAAGCUCUUCAAAAUUAUUGGCAUUUGAGAAAUCAGAAAAAAUCCCAUUCAGAUAAUCUGGACAAAGAUCCGUCAACUGAAUCAUUACACUCAUCUACGACUAUUGAAGAAACUCACGAUCCGUUUGGUAUGGCAGGUGAUGAGGAGACUUCGUCGCCGGAUAUUACGCUUCCACAAGAUCACAUCUUACCGGAAUUAACUAUUGAAAAGAAUCAACCAGAGACAGAAAAAAGAAAUAUAUUUGGCAGACGAAUUGUUGAUAUACAAUACUUUUUUUCAAAAUUGCAAGAAAUCAGCAAUCAUAGCCCCUAUAACUGUGGAGUACAAAGUUUAAAAAUUGUUGGAGAGAAACGAGUUGGAUUGUCAUCCAAGUUGACUCUAGAGUGUUUAAUGUGUAAAGGAAAGUUUUUAUUAAAUAAUGUCCCAGGUGAUCUGGAAAUAAAUACAGAAGCAGUAGCGGGUUUGUCGAUGUGUAAAGAAAAGUAUAUUCUAAAUGUCUCCGGUGAUCUGGACAUAAAUACAGCUGCGGUUGCUGGUGCAGUUUCUGUUGGCAUAGGCUACUCACAAUUAGAGGAAUUACUAUCAGCGAUCGAUUUACCUAUGAUGACUGAGCCUCUGUACCAAAAACAGCACGAGUUUGUUUCUAACGCCUGGGAAAAAGCACUUGGUCAAUCCAUGCAAGAAGCUGCAGAAGAAGAAAAAAGAAUUUCUUUAGAAAAAGGUCGUGUGACCACUGAUGGCAUUCCUAUUAUAGAUGUUAUUGUUGAUGGAUGCUGGAGUAAGCGGUCUUAUAAAAAGAAUUACUCAGCACUUUCAGGAGCUGCUGCCAUAAUCGGAAGAGAAACGAAAAAAAAUUUGUUUCUCGGUGUUAAAAAUAAGUACUGCAGCAUAUGUGCACAAGAUUGUAACAAAAAUCAAACUCCAAGAGCUCAUCAGUGUUACAAAAAUUUCACGGGUGCAUCUACUGCCAUGGAAUCUGCGUGUAUGGUUUGA